AUGGACGGCGACGAGCCCACGCAAGCGACACAGAAUGUUCUCGAUCCGCGCCGUGUCGGGAAGCAGAAUUCAGGCUUUUCAGACGAAGAUAUCUCCGACAUAAUAUGCGUCCUCUACCCACACUCUGAUUCUGCCCGUGUCGAACUCGAACGUCUGGUCGGCGAAAACUCCCCACACAUCAUUGGAAAAGACGAAGCGGAUGGCGUUGAACCCGACUAUGCCUUAGAAGACCAAGCAGCCCGUUUUCUCGCCAAUCCAACCGGCACCGGUACCCAUGCCAUCAUUCUACGUCUAUCGUCGCACCUCAAGAACCCGAAGGCCGGCUUUGUCUUUGGUCGAAAUCCCGUCCGAUGCGACGUUGUGUUUGUCAACGAUCCUUUGAAAAGAAUCAGUAACAUUCACUUCCGGAUUUACGUCAACGAAUAUGGCACUGUCAUGGUUGAGGACCAAUCGACCAACGGUACCAUUGUUGAUGACCAUCUUUUAACUUCCCAUCCUCAAGCCAAGGGAAGAAGUGACCCUCCAAUUAGCAAGUGGGUUUUGAGUUCUGGCUCGAUUAUUAAGAUCUAUCUCCAUAAGGAGGCCCGGGACUUGACUUUCCGAGUCCGUAUACCACGGCGUGAUAACGAGUAUGACCAAGCAUAUACCGAUAAAGUCGAUGAUUUUUUCGCACGUCACGGACUACCACGCCAAAAUGAGACCAUCACGCCUGGUCCAGGCGGUCACGUUGAUCUCUUUAAACAACCUGCUCAGACACAUUUUAAGAGAGAAGAGACCAAUGAGAUAACGCAGCGUACUCCUCAAACAUUACCUAAAAGAAGAGACGCACCACGGGAAUGGACGGGCUCCGGAAAAUAUAACAGAACCGGCUCGAUCGGAAAGGGUGCCUUCGCAGUUGUCCACAGGGUCACCUCAAAGUAUGACGGCUUGCCAUAUGCUGCUAAAGAGAUCGAAAAGCGCCGUUUUAUCAAGAACGGCGUCCUUGAUCAGAAGGUCGAGAAUGAGAUGAAGAUCAUGCAGCGAGUUAAGCAUCCCCAUAUUGUUCGCUACAUGGAGCACUUUGAAUGGGAUGACCGAUUGCUAAUCAUCAUUAUGGAAUUUGUUCCUGGCGGUGACUUGGGAAAACUUAUCUCAGACCAAAAGGCUCUGAGGGAGGAUGUUGUUCGAACCAUGUCAGGGCAGCUCUUGGGUGCCUUGGGAUAUCUACACGCCAAUAACAUCACUCAUCGCGACGUCAAACCAGACAACAUCCUCAUCAACUCACUCAAUCCAAUUGAUCUCAAGCUCACCGACUUUGGCUUGUCAAAAAUGGUGGACAGCGAGCAGACUUUCUUGCGAACGUUUUGUGGCACCUUGCUUUAUUGCGCCCCUGAGGUGUACACAGAAUAUGCCGAGUAUGAUGAUGACGGCGUUCGUAGUCGAGGGAAGAAGAUGAGACGUCCGCCGGGCCAAAGAUACAACCACGCCGUUGACAUCUGGUCUCUUGGCGGGGUCUUGUUUUAUGCUCUGACUGCGUCACCUCCUUAUCCUGUCAAGAGUGGCAUCAGCUACUCUGAGCUGUUACACAAGAUCAUGACUACCCGGCUGAACAUCGCACCACUGCAGAGGAAUGAUGUGUCAGAGCAAGCUAUUGACUUCCUCUGCAGAAUGCUCCAGCGCCGGCCAGAAAACCGAGCAACAGUGGCAGAACUCGAAAGCCACCCAUGGUCUUCCAGCGACGACUCUAUCGUCAACGCUUCACAAUCCUUUGACGAGAUUUCGGAUGACGACAUGUUUGACAACUUUUCCCAAUUGCAACCUCGACAUUACGAAGAAGAUAGGGUCAGUGACUCUAUGGGCGAAGAGUCAGAAAAAGAAACCCCGACGGUACCACUAGAAACGAACCAGCCCAGACUAUUUGGAGAAGUUGGUGUCUCAGCGAUUGGUAGCUCAGGAGUUAUCCCGGAAGAUUAUCUCAACCUCGAGAAUAGCAACCCUAGUGCAGACGAGACCGAAAUCCUCCGCAAGGAUGAAGACGAGGCAUAUCAAUCGGACGAGUUGCUUACACCCAGGAACAGGAAUCGUCGGACAUACCGCCAGAACAACAUUUCGAUGGCACAGAAUCAGUCUGAGGACCAACUUCAGAGUCUGGUAGAGGACGUGGCGUCGCAGAGCCUUGGCGGGAAUGAGUCAAGCGUGCAACGCCCUGGACAAUCGCGUUGCUCUCUGCAAUCGGCAGACUUGAAUACUAGUAAACGAAAACCCCCCUCAUAUGAUACAAGCGACGAGUUCGAGAACACACCCCAAGGAAAACCUACAAUGAAGAGACUUAAGUCAGAAGGCAACAUUGAAGAUCUGGCAAAUGACGUAUUUGAGGAGUACAAACUGCUGGUGCAAGUGCCAUCUGCCGAGAAGCAAGCUUCAGGGCGCCAAAUUGACAAACCUUACAACAAAACAUGUUUCUGGGAGCAAGACAAGACAACGUGGCACUUCGACUAUCCGGAACUCACUCAUCUGCAACACAAAGCUUUCGAGCGGGGCGCGGCCGCAAGGAAUGAAAAGUUCGAGCCCGGAAAAACGCCAUUAUGGGAUCUUGCGAUGAAGUAUUUCUCUCCCGUCUCAAAAGCCGGGUCGCAAAUCAACCAAACUCGACGAAGCUCGCGGACACCUCAGGACACGGCAGCUGAUGAGCCCCUGGAAUUUCCUCCGACUGCCGCUCCGCUUGAGAACUCUCAGAUUCCCGAUACUUUGCCUACACACACACAGAUAAUCGUCCCGGUCCAGGAAGACGAGCCCAAUAGGCGUGCCAUUGGCGUGCUUGAGUCUCAUCACGAUUCGUGCGUCCCUGGGAUCAGCAUUCCCAUCAAAGAUACCUUGGUCUCAUUCGGCCGUGGCCCAGCAAAUACUGAGGUGUUCAAAGACAUACAAGAAUCCCGAGUGCCGAAGUAUGCCUUUAAACUGCUGCUUUGGAAAGAAGAUGGCACCUUUGAUCCUUCAAAGGAUCCUGAUAAAGUUCCUCCUCCUUGGCUUCGAGAUGCCGGAGAUCCGAACGAGUACGGGUUUUACAUCUCGACCAAAGCAUCCGUUGGUAUCAGCAUCAAUGGUUACCAACUUGCUUCUUCUGAUGCGAAGAACCACAGCGGCCCCUCACACCAUUGGGCUCGAAUUUGGAACGGUGACACAGUGAUGAUAUGGGGCGACAGAAAGAGCACACAGACAAAACUCACAUUUCAGUGUUUCUGGGGUGCCUCUUCCCAGGCGCGUGAGCAGAAUCAAGGUUUGCAACUCGCAUCUACGUCGCUCGCCCAGAAACUUGACGCUGCGUGUCAAAAGGCGGAGAAACGGAUCAAGGAGGUCAUUGAGAAGAAGAAGAUCAAAGACGCAAUCAAUGCUGAUCUACGGGAACGUAUAGAAAACAUUGAAAGAGAACAAGAACGAAGUCGUGCUUUCGAGAAGAAGCGAAAAGAGGCCAUCGCUUAUCUUGACUCUAGACAAACCCCUUUGUCGCGAAUGGCUUCGCCCGCAAGCGCACCAGGAACAAGUAACUACCUUGAACCUCUAAUGUUUCGUAUGAGCUCCGAUAACAAUCUCUCGAUCCAGUAA